GCCCCAUUACUGUCAGCGUUGAGCCGCACCCCUCCGGGCCGCACUUCCUCUCUCAGUCCCCGCUGCCGGAGAGCCCCGCUAGGCUCGGUGAUCCUAGCCUGCAGUUUGCCGCCGCUACACCUUGGCUUCAGCCUGCGGGCCCCUCUCCAUCACCUUCUCCAGGUCCCAGCCAGGCCUGCCCCUGCGGUAUGAGAGAGGAACCUUAACAUCUCCAUCUCUACAGAGGUUUCAGCUGUAAGGAGCAUCCUCCUCUCUCAGGAUGACUUCAGCCUCCAGCCCCCCAGCUUUCAGGCUGGAGACUUCCGAUGGAGAUGAAGAGGGCAAUGCUGAGGUGAACAAGGGGAAGCAGGAACCGCCCCCCAUGGAGUCACCAUUCCAGAGGGAGGACCGGAAUUCCUCCCCUCAGAUCAAAGUGAACCUCAACUUCAUAAAGAGACCUCCUAAAAACACUUCUGCUCCCAGCCAGCAGGAGCCAGAUCGGUUUGACCGUGACCGACUCUUCAGUGUGGUCUCCCGGGGUGUCCCCGAGGAACUGACUGGACUGCUAGAAUACCUGCGCUGGAACAGCAAGUACCUCACUGACUCUGCAUACACAGAAGGCUCCACUGGAAAGACGUGCCUGAUGAAGGCUGUGCUGAACCUUCAGGAUGGGGUCAAUGCCUGCAUCAUGCCGCUGCUGCAGAUUGACAAGGAUUCCGGCAAUCCCAAGCCCCUCGUCAAUGCCCAGUGCAUCGAUGAGUUCUACCAAGGCCACAGUGCGCUGCACAUCGCCAUAGAGAAGAGGAGCCUGCAGUGCGUGAAGCUGCUGGUAGAGAAUGGAGCGGAUGUUCACCUCCGAGCCUGUGGCCGCUUCUUCCAAAAGCACCAAGGAACUUGUUUCUAUUUUGGAGAGCUACCUCUUUCUCUGGCUGCGUGCACCAAGCAGUGGGAUGUGGUGACCUACCUCCUGGAGAACCCACACCAGCCGGCCAGCCUGGAGGCCACCGACUCCCUGGGCAACACAGUCCUGCAUGCUCUGGUAAUGAUUGCAGAUAACUCGCCUGAGAACAGUGCCCUGGUGAUCCACAUGUACGACGGGCUUCUACAAAUGGGGGCGCGCCUCUGCCCCACUGUGCAGCUUGAGGAAAUCUCCAACCACCAAGGCCUCACACCCCUGAAACUAGCCGCCAAGGAAGGCAAAAUCGAGAUUUUCAGGCACAUUCUGCAGCGGGAAUUCUCAGGACCGUACCAGCCCCUUUCCCGAAAGUUUACUGAGUGGUGUUACGGUCCUGUGCGGGUAUCGCUGUACGACCUGUCCUCUGUGGACAGCUGGGAAAAGAACUCGGUGCUGGAGAUCAUCGCUUUUCAUUGCAAGAGCCCGAACCGGCACCGCAUGGUGGUUUUAGAACCACUGAACAAGCUUCUGCAGGAGAAAUGGGAUCGGCUCGUCUCAAGAUUCUUCUUCAACUUCGCCUGCUACUUGGUCUACAUGUUCAUCUUCACCGUCGUUGCCUACCACCAGCCUUCCCUGGAUCAGCCAGCCAUCCCCUCAUCAAAAGCGACUUUUGGGGAAUCCAUGCUGCUGCUGGGCCACAUUCUGAUCCUGCUUGGGGGUAUUUACCUCUUACUGGGCCAGCUGUGGUACUUUUGGCGGCGGCGCCUGUUCAUCUGGAUCUCAUUCAUGGACAGCUACUUUGAAAUCCUCUUUCUCCUUCAGGCUCUGCUCACAGUGCUGUCCCAGGUGCUGCGCUUCAUGGAGACUGAAUGGUACCUACCCCUGCUAGUGUUAUCCCUAGUGCUGGGCUGGCUGAACCUGCUUUACUACACACGGGGCUUUCAGCACACAGGCAUCUACAGUGUCAUGAUCCAGAAGGUCAUCCUUCGAGACCUGCUCCGUUUCCUGCUGGUCUACCUGGUCUUCCUUUUCGGCUUUGCUGUAGCCCUAGUAAGCUUGAGCAGAGAGGCCCGAAGUCCCAAAGCCCCUGAAGAUAACAACUCCACAGUGACGGAACAGCCCACGGUGGGCCAGGAGGAGGAGCCAGCUCCAUAUCGGAGCAUUCUGGAUGCCUCCCUAGAGCUGUUCAAGUUCACCAUUGGUAUGGGGGAGCUGGCUUUCCAGGAACAGCUGCGUUUUCGUGGGGUGGUCCUGCUGUUGCUGUUGGCCUACGUCCUUCUCACCUACGUCCUGCUGCUCAACAUGCUCAUUGCUCUCAUGAGCGAAACUGUCAACCACGUUGCUGACAACAGCUGGAGCAUCUGGAAGUUGCAGAAAGCCAUCUCUGUCUUGGAGAUGGAGAAUGGUUACUGGUGGUGCCGGAGGAAGAAACAUCGUGAAGGGAGGCUGCUGAAAGUCGGCACCAGGGGGGAUGGUACCCCUGAUGAGCGCUGGUGCUUCAGGGUGGAGGAAGUAAAUUGGGUUGCUUGGGAGAAGACUCUUCCCACCUUAUCUGAGGAUCCAUCAGGGCCAGGCAUCACUGGUAAUAAAAAGAACCCAACCUCUAAACCGGGGAAGAACAGUGCCUCAGAGGAAGACCAUCUGCCCCUUCAGGUCCUCCAGUCCCCCUGAUGGCCCAGAUGCAGCAGCAGGCUGGCAGGAUGGAGUAGGGAAUCUUCCCAGCCACACCAGAGGCUACUGAGUUUUGGUGGAAAUAUAAAUAUUUUUUUGCAUAACCAAGUCUUCUACAAGUAUUAUUUAAAAGAGUUACUGGGGGUUGGGGAUUUAGCUCAGUGGUAGAGCGCUUGCCUAGGAAGCGCAAGGCCCUGGGUUCGGUCCCCAGCUCCGAAAAAAAGAAAAAAAAAAAAAGAGUUACUGGAACUUUGCCUCUAGUAGUAUUUGCAUGUGUCUCUAAGAGCCAACCUGGGUCAGGGGCUAGUCUUCUUAGAAACCCUCACCAGUCAGUCACACCUCAGUCUACUCCAGUCCUCUUCCACAAGGCAAAUGAAGCCACUGUCCCACCUCUUGGAUCACAGUCUCCUCUUCUUUACCACUCUUUGCAGGAAAGCCAGAGGACCUUCUUAACCUAAGACAAGCAAGUCCACCUCUGGACUCUCUGGGCCUGAGAGCAUUAUCCUCAGACUUGUGCUUUUUUUUUUUUUUUUUUUUUUUUUUGCCCAUGAAUUCCAGACUCACUCCACCCUGUACACUUUUGCUUUCAGGGGAGUUUGAUGAAAAGCCCUUAGUAUUUUUUCUUAAUUAUUCACGAAGCCUGAAGACCCUCAUAUUUGACUCUUUGACUUGGCGUUUGCUAGAUGUUUCUGGGACUUGAAACUCCCAGAAGGGGGAGAGCAAGGGAGAGCUGCACCUCAAUUAAAGAUUCAAGGCCAAAUGACUCAAGUUUGAAAUUAGCUUUCAAGCCAGGGCUAAAUUAUCUAGGGCUACUUUUAGUCCCUUUGAAGCCAUCCAUAUCCCUUGCCCCCUAGUUAACAUCCUUGUGACUACGAAAACCUUACACUACUAUUCUUAACAGACCACUAGUUUCCACAAAUCCAAAAGCUAAAAAUGUCACUGGGUAGCACCUGAAACCCACAACAGAGUGCCCCUCUUUACUGAAACUUGCCAAUUGAGGUCCCCACCAAAUGACUUUCCUUGCUGUGUAACAAACCAGGCACAUACCUGUAAUCCCAGCACUCAGAGGCAGAGGCAGGCAGCUCUCCCGGGUUGGAGGUCAGCCUGGUCUACCGAUCAAGUUCCGGGACAGCCAGUGCUACACAGAGAGACCCUGUCUCGAAAACAGCAACAACAAAACCAAAGUAAAACAAAGACACUUCCAAUGUGGAACAUAGUAUUUGGGGAAACAUGAAUCUGUGUUCCUGACCAUGGACAAGCAUAUUUGGUUCAGAAAGAAACUAUCUCAUUCACUUUAAGAAUGCUUUGGCCUGGACUUCCCUCCCUGCAUUAAAAUCCUGUUUAUUCCUUGGAGCACCUAGGUUGCAGUCUCAUGAUCACCUUUAUAGUUCUGUCAAAAUGAGUUGCCUCCUCAGUUCAUUUGCAUACAAAGUGCAUGCAAGCAGGGGUGUGUUGCUGGGUAGAACCCAGCAGGUAGUAUGUACUUAGCUCAACAGACUUUCCAUUGAGGUUUUGAGACAGGAUUUCAUUCUGUAGGCCCGUUGGUCUUGAACUCUCAAGAAGCCUACUAUAGUCUUCUGAGUGCUAGGAUUACAUACAGGUUUACGUGUCCCAGGCUGACCUCAUAAUUGAAGAUGACCUUGAACUUCUGAUUCUGUCUCCACAUACCCAGAGCUUGGGAGUUUGCCAUAACACCCGGUUUAUGAAGUGCUGGGGAUGGAGCUCAGAACAUGUUUGCUAGAAAAACACUGCAUUCCCAACCCCUAAGAGAAACCCAAACAUGCUCAUAUACUGAAGGGAUAGAUAGCACCAGCAGUUUUCUAUUAACCACGAGAUAAGCCGGAUGCAAGUCUCUCCAGUCAGAAGUGGAAAGAGUAGGGGGUAAUGGAAAUGGAUCGAGCUCUUCUUGAUUCUAUAUUUCACUAAGGAAUGUGAUGACGGCCGUCUGCAGAGGGUCUUGAGUAGUUCCGUGGUUGUUAAAACGGUAACGGGGUGCAGACGGACCCAACCACUACACUUUGCACCCGCUACUGUUGCUUAUUGUCUUUGAAAGCGGUUUCGGGUAUGUUAGCUCGAUAAGCCAAUGUUUUACCCUCCACUCCCUGGUCCUGAGGAUUAAAUGCAUGUUUACACAGCAGGCUCUCCACCACCCAGCUAGAUUAUACUGGCCCGCUAUAUUUCGUUUAUUUUAAAAUUUAUUAGAGAAAGGGGCUAAAUUGCCCAGGCUGAACUCGAAUUCCUGCCUCAGGGUCCCUAAUCGAUUACGAUUAUAGGCCUGCACUGUCAGGUCUGAUUACACGUUUACAAACUACACGCGUUUACAAAGGACUGUGAAUUCACAAACGGAAAACCGCUGAAAAGGGGCCGAUUCCGCGAUUAAACCACCACGCAGGCGCACUGGAAUUCACUGCACUCUUUGCUACCCAGAAUUCCCGGGGCGGUGGAGACCACUCGCUCAACAGAACGGGGGAGACCUGGGUAGAGAGGCGGGCCUGCUUAGGUGCGCUGGAAGUUCCCGUGAGCCUUUGCCCCCCUCUCGUGUGAGGAGUGGUCUGUUCCAAGCCCUUAAGAAUAGGACGCUCACACGUUGCUCUUUCUCUGCGGCCAUCAUGGGAUCAUGUUCCUCAUCUUCCUGUAGCUGGUACUUUCGCCAUGGCCUGCACUCGGCGGGCCGCAGCCAUGCUGAGCCCGGGCCCGGUCUCCCAGCACCGCCCUGGGCGCUGCGCAGAUCUAGGGGAGCCUGACAGGACGUUGACAUCGUGGAAUAGGAGCACUAUCCCACCAUGAGGUUGGGAAGUUAGGGUGGAAGAUUGCCAGCAGCCAUGGCCUCCCAUGAGGGUGUCCCUUUCAAGUUUGAGAACGCACUGGGGGACUGCAGAUGGUGUUGACAGCAGCUGAGGCUACAUUCCCAGGAGUCUCCAGCCAUCACCCCAAAAGCAAGGUGUGGGUCAGCCAACUUUUGUUCUGGACAGGCACGGUUGGUGGUCCUGUCUCCCACAGGAUCUUCUGUACCAUUUAAUAAAGUUUUGUUUAUAAGACUGA